GUGGCGUGGCAGGGAUGAGGAGCCGGCAGCGGAUGUUUGCGGCGGUGAUGCGCCUGCUCCUCAAGUGCCUGCGGCUGGGCCGGCGGCGGCGGUUUAAGCUGGUGCGGCAGGUGGAGCAGCUGUGGCGCUACGGGCACCUCUGCCUCCGCUCCCUGUUCUAUAACUCUUUCACCAAUGGCGACGUGGUACUCGACUCCCUCUUCGAGCCCAUCUACUGGCUGGUGGACCACGUCACCCGGUGGUUUGGUGUGGUGUUUGUGGCACUGGUGAUUGGGCUCACGAGCUCCAUCGUGGCCAUUGUGUACAUCUGCCUGCUGCCCCUCAUCCUGCAGACCUACACGCCUGCCUGGAUCUGCUGGCACCUCGCCUACGGACACUGGAACCUCAUCAUGAUUGUCUUCCACUACUACAUGGCCAUCACCACCUCACCUGGACACCCACCACAGGCCAAGGACGAUCUCACCGGCGUCUCCAUCUGCAGGAAAUGCAUUGCCCCCAAGCCGGCUCGCACCCACCACUGCAGCAUCUGCAACAGGUGCGUGCUGAAGAUGGACCACCACUGCCCCUGGCUAAACAACUGUGUGGGACACUACAACCAUCGUUACUUCUUCUCCUUCUGCCUGUUCAUGACCAUGGGCUGCAUCUACUGCAGCAUCAGCAGCUGGGAGAUGUUCCGGGACGCCUACGCGGCUAUUGAGAGAAUGAAACUGCUUGAGAAGGAGAGACUGCAGGUGGCUGCCAACCAGACGUACUACCAGACCCCGCCACCCACCUUCUCCUUCCGCCAGCGAGCUUUCCACAAGAGUGUGGUCUACCUCUGGGUCCUGUGCAGCUCGGUUGCAUUGGCACUGGGUGCCCUCACGCUGUGGCACGCUGCCCUCAUCACCCGUGGGGAAACCAGCAUUGAGCGGCACAUCAACAAGAAGGAGAGGCAGAGACUGCAGAAGAAAGGCAAGGUCUUCAGGAACCCCUACAGUUACGGUGGCUGGGAUAACUGGAAGGUGUUCCUGGGUGUGGAUGUGCCAAGGCACUGGCUUACCCGCGUCCUGCUGCCCUCUCCUCACCUGCCCCACGGGACAGGCCUGAGCUGGGACCUGCCUCCCUGCGUGACCAAACAGCGUGCGCCACUCCUGGCCAUCUGA